UGACGAGAAACAGGAGCAAUUCGCGGUUAGACCGCGGCGUUCAGUGGACAAAGAUAAAAUUAAUACACUUAUGCGUUCAGGACCGAAAAAUAUCGCUGCGACAAUUAUAGGCAAGGCCAGUUUGUCUUGUUUAAUCGAGCAGUACGCGAUUUGGCAAAGCAGUUCAUUGUUGAACAAUGGCGAAUUCGGCGAUCAACAACGUCGCUGGCUUCAUAAUUCUGGUAUGUACGACGGGACUGAUUUCUGGACAAAUUCGCUAUUCUGUUUAUGAGGAAAUGGAGGAAGGGGCUUUGGUCGGGAAUAUCGCUCAAGAUUUGGGACUGGCUAUACCGCAAUUGUCUGCUCGUAAAUUUCGGCUGAUUUCUGAUGACGGAGGACAGUAUAUGAAGAUGAACGUGGAAAAUGGGAUAUUGUCUAUGCGUGAAAAAAUCGACAGAGAACGUAUCUGUGGGCAAGCAACAAUAUGUACAAUUUCCUUUAAAAUAAUACUGGAAAAUCCUUUAGCGGUGCAUCGCGGGGAAGUGGAGAUACUUGAUGUGAACGACAAUGCCCCCGCAUUCAGGGGAGGAACGAUCGCCUUACAGAUUGUCGAAACGAUGACACCCGGGGUCGCCUACCCUCUGGAGAGCGCGGAAGACCCGGACGUUGGAAUAAAUGCAAUCGCCUCUUACACUAUCAGUUCCAAUGACUACUUUAAUUUAAAGACACAGAGAACGGAUGAUGGAAUUAUAAUUGCUGAGUUGGUGUUAGAGAAACCUCUGGACCGAGAGCUGCACUCGUCCUUUCAGUUGGUUCUGACAGCGACUGAUGGUGGGACCCCUCAGAGAACCGGCACAGCUCAGAUCCUUGUUACUGUAGUGGACAACAACGACAAUCCUCCUGUAUUCAAUCAGAAUAUUUACAGGAGCCACCUCAGAGAAAACACACCCCUUGGUACCCUGGUGGCGCACGUUGAAGCCAAUGACCUGGAUGAAGGGUUAAAUGCUGAGCUGACAUAUUCUUUCAGCAAACUAACUUCACAAAAAGUUCGGGAUUUGUUCAGCUUGGACCCCGACAGCGGGGAAAUUCGAACUGAAGGUGUUAUAGACUUUGAGGAAGCAAAAGGCUAUUCACUCAAUGUUCAAGCUGUUGACCACGGUUCUCCCCCCGCUACAGGGCAUGCGAAAGUGUUAGUCAAGAUAAUUGACGAAAACGACAAUGCACCCGAGGUAAAAGUGAUGUCUACCACGAACACAGUUCCGGAAAAUGCUUCGCCAGGAACUUUAAUAACAUUGGUCAAUGUUAUAGACGGCGACACUGGAGAAAAUGGGCAGGUUUCCUGCGAGAUUCCAAAGAACAUCCCAUUCAUUCUUCAAACAUCGUCGAUGAAUCAUUAUGAGUUGAUUACAAGUGAACCGUUGGAUCGUGAAUCUAUCCCUGUGUAUCAAGUAAACAUUGAAGCCUGGGACCUGGGGUCGCCUUCACUAUCGACAAAUAAAACUAUUCAGAUUGUGAUUGCUGAUAUUAAUGAUAACGUACCACGAUUUUCAGAACCAUCCUACAACAUCUAUGUGAUGGAAAACAAUGCUCCGGGGACUUCGAUUUUCGAAGUGACCGCGAUAGAUAGGGAUCUGAACCAGAAUUCAUAUGUUUCUUACUACUUAUUAGGAAAUCGCAUCCAAGACAUGCCACUGUCCACUCAGGUCAGCAUUAACUCGAUGAACGGCACUAUAUAUGCAAUGCGCUCUUUUGACUAUGAGAAACUCAAAAACGUCCAGUUCCAUGUUCAAGCCCGUGACGCGGGGGUGCCUCCGCUGAGUAGCAGCACCACGGUGAAUGUGAUCAUCCUGGAUCAAAAUGACAACGCGCCGGUAAUUGGUUCACCAACAGAACAAAGUGGGUCGGCAGCAGUGGUGAUCCUGCCCCAGUCGGCGGCCCCUGGGUACCUGGUCACGAAGGUAAUGGCAAAUGAUGCAGAUUCAGGUCAGAACGCGAGGCUAUUUUAUCACAUGCAGAGUUCAAGUGAUCCCAGUGUGUUUAACGUUGGGAAAAAUUCUGGCGAAAUCAGAACCGCGCGGAAACUACUGGAGUCCGAUGCCACCACACAAACUCUCGUCAUCUUAGUAAAGGAUAAUGGACAACCGAGUCUCUCCAGUAUGGUUACAAUCCAAGUUACAAUUCUGGAGAAUAUCACUGAAAGAAUCGUCGAGAGUGAAAAUUUGGUGACAAAUCGCGAAUAUUUCUCUGAUCUGAACAUUCAUUUAAUCGUCAUUUUCGGUUGCACUUCUGUGCUCUUUCUCGUGAUCAUCAUUCUGCUGAUCAGCAUCAAAUGUAAACAAGAUGGAAAUAGCAACCAAGAGUAUAACUCUACCAGUUGUUGCUGCAAACCUGGAAAUUCUGACGAUGCAUUUGCUCGGAGGGCUGCAUUGGAGGAAACGUUACGUUAUCCAGGGACUGGCCGGCUAUCCCGCGUGCCAGAUGCGCAUAAUUACUCGGUCUGCCUGUCUCCAGAAUCGGCCAAAAGCGAUUUUCUCUUCUUGAAGACUUGCGGAACUCCGAUGUCUGGCCUCAAUCCUAAUAUUGCUUAACGCCGAUAUGUAACAUAAUCCUUGCCAAGUGUUCUCAAGUUCAUGUUCUAGCGGCAGAAUUAGGUCAAUUGGUCCAUCAAGUAUACUCUGCCAUUCAAUUACGGUUGAUCUAUCUUCACCUCUGAACCCCAUUCUC